AUGGAACGUUUAAACAAACUUACUUUAAAUAUAGAGUGUGCCGAUGAUGCCAUGGUUGAGGCCGCUCCCACUUUUAUGAAAACGGUUGACAAUGUCAUCUCGUUUCUCAAGCGCAACGCCAUGAGCCGUAUCGAAAGCCGUGAUUACGUGCGCAAACUUACUCUCUUGAAGAUCACUGUUCAAGAGAAGGUUGACGCGGCCACUUUGAACGUUGACGCUCCGUUCGUGGCUUACUCCGUCCCUUCCUCUGCCUCUUCUGUGUCCUUGGCCGCUGCCCUCUCCCGUGCCCUUUCUCCUGUCCCUUAUUCCGUCCCUUUGCCUGGUGUCCCUUUGGCCAGUGCUCCUUCUUCUGUCCCUUCUUUUGUCCCGCCAUCUUUUGCGUUUGCUGGUGUUCCUUCGGCUGGCGUGUCCUCUGUGGCUGGUGCCACUACUUGUGCUCCGUUCGAUGUGCCGGCUUCGGUUUCUUCUGUUGACGCCGCUUCUCCUGGUGUGUGUUUGGCUGGUGCCACUUCGUCUGCUCCUUUCGUUGCGCCUCCGCCCUUCCCUUUCGUUGCUGUGUCCUCGGCCGAUUCUGGCCCAUUUGACCCACAAAUGACAGUCAUUGGCGUUUGUCUCUCGGGAAGACCAGCCUAUCUUUGA